AUGAGUGAACACUCAGUUGAGAGCGGUGAAGCAUUUGAUGAUGAUGAUUACGGAUCACCUUAUUACGAUAAUUAUAACACCGAUGAAAUUUUAAAUGAUAACGAUUACGAUGAUCCAAAUAAUAAUACGUGUUGGGGUGAUGCAGAACAAUUUGUUUAUUUUGUUUGUACAUUACCAGAAAUGGAAAUACGUUUAAAGCAGAUUCUAGAUGAAUUAUCACAACAAUUAAAUCUUGACCCAUCAAUAGUUGAACUAUUAUUAUUUCUUCGUCAUUGGGAUAUAAAGAGUAUACUAGCAGAUUAUCGACUACGAUCGCAUUUAUUGCUCGAAGAAGCUCGAAUUCAACCAAAACAUCCUGAAAUCAUUUCUAAAUCGAACUCAUCAUCAUCUCAACAGUCAUCUACAUUAAUCUGUAUAAUUUGUAUGAAAUCAUAUUCGAACACAAAUGAUUUUGAAUCAUUAGCAUGUGGACAUUCAUUUUGUCAUGAUUGUUGGUGUCAAUAUAUAGAUACAAAAUUCAAAAAUGGCUAUUGUCUAAAUAUUGAAUGUAUGAAAUGUGACCUACGUGUACCACAAAAUUUUGCUCUUCAACAUUUAUUAUCAGAUAGUGCGAAAGAAUUGUACAAAAAAAUGACAUUAAAGCAAUUAUUUAAUAGCAAUUCACAAUUAACAUUUUGUCCAGGAACAUGCGAACGUAUAUUCGAAGCAAAAGAUAAACGAAUGCCUGGAAGAGUUGAUUGUGAAUUAUGUGGUUUAAAAUUCUGUUUUCAAUGUAAACUUGAUUAUCAUGCUCCAGCUAGUUGUGAUAUAAUGAAAAAUUGGUUAACAAAAUGUCGUGAUGAUUCUGAAACAGCAAACUAUAUGUUUGCAAAUACAAAAGAUUGUCCCAAAUGCCAUGUAUGCAUUGAGAAAAAUGGUGGAUGUAAUCAUAUGUCUUGUUUUUCGUGUAAUCAUCAUUUCUGUUGGAUGUGUCUGGGAGAUUGGAAAUCUCAUGAGAAUAAUUAUUAUGACUGUAGUAAAUAUCGUGGUCAACCACAAUCUCAAUUAGAAACUGUACAAAGUCGAGCACGUGAAGCAUUAAAAAAAUAUUUACAUUAUUUUGAACGUUGGGAUAAUCAUCAACGAAGUUUGAAAUUAGAAGAACAAACAAGAAGUAAAUUGUUAGAAAAAAUUGAUAAUAAUAUUAAUUCACAAAUUGGCACAUACAUUGAUUGGCAAUAUUUAGAGAAAGCAGCUGAUUCGUUAGCAAAAGCUCGUUAUACUCUUAUGUAUACUUAUCCCUAUGCAUAUUAUCUUGAAGAUAAUGUUGAUCGAACCUUGUUUGAAAAUAUUCAAGCUCAAUUAGAAGUUGAAAUUGAAAAUUUAUCCUAUCAAAUUGAACGAGCCACUUCACACAGUCGAGGCGAUAUCGAAAAUCAACGACAUAUUGUUGAAAGACGUCGUCAAACAUUACUUGUUAAAUAUUUUCCAAAAUGA